CAUACUAGUAAUUUUCUUGGGGACAGCGUCGGACUAUAUAUCAUCACCCAUCGUCCACCGUCUCCGCGAACGUUCUACGAAGCUAGCAACUCUUUAAUUAACCAUACGAUUUACCGUUUACCAAUUUUGUCCAUCCCGCCUAUUAGCAGUUGCCAAUCCAAUCAAGAUGUGGAUUGUCCAGUGGUUUUACGAUGUCCUCUCAUCGCUCGGCUUGAUGAACAAGCACGCCAAGCUGCUGUUCCUCGGCCUCGACAAUGCUGGAAAGACAACUCUGUUGCACAUGCUGAAGAACGACCGGGUUGCCAUCCUACAGCCUACCCUACACCCUACUUCUGAAGAGCUUGCUAUCGGCAAUGUGCGCUUCACCACUUUCGACCUUGGUGGUCACCAGCAGGCUCGUCGGCUGUGGAAGGACUACUUCCCGGAAGUGAACGGAAUUGUUUUCCUCGUCGACGCCAAGGACCACGACCGCCUAUCCGAAUCCAAAGCCGAACUCGACGCCCUUCUGUCGAUGGAGGAGCUCGCCAAGGUGCCCUUCGUCAUCCUCGGAAACAAGAUCGACCACCCCGACGCCGUCUCCGAGGACCAGCUCCGCCACGAGUUGGGCUUGUACCAGACAACCGGCAAGGGUAAGGUUCCGCUGGAGGGUAUCAGGCCCAUUGAGGUUUUCAUGUGCUCUGUGGUUAUGAGACAAGGAUACGGCGAGGGUAUAAGAUGGCUUUCUCAGUACGUCUAAGCCAUCUAUAAUACUAGAAUAGCUAGGAUGGAUUAGCGUGGCAAGAUACAGAUUGGGGACGUGUAUACGGGUGUAACGAAAUGCGAUAGCCUGUCUGGGAAACAACGGAGUUCUUUGACAGCUUACUAUUACGUACCAUACCAACCGAAGUCGAUGUUUUCCGGGAUAGUUCUUUGGAGUCAAUGGCUAGAGGCAUUUGCCAGAUCACAAUAAUGAAUUGAGCAUUACCACUUCUAACAUGCUUGAAUGCCGACUGCCUCGUGGAUUUGCGCAUUUACUUGAUAGAGAGUUUAUUUAUGAAUAGAUUAUCUACCAUUUACCAAGUACCAUUUUAGUAAUCUCUC